AGCAGAGUGAAAGAACAACGGUGGAGUAGGCCUAUCUACUUCUCCAAAAUCUAUUUAUAUGUAAUAUGCUAUGGUUUCACACUUUAGUCAUAUCAACAGAUAAGUUCAGGUGGGGAAACGCUUUCUUCCAAGAAACAGAAGAAGUGUCCGACUCACUCAGAACACAUGACUGUUCCCAUGGCCACCAACGGGCCUCAUCAUGACCAACUGGUCCCGAGUGACAUUGUGGACUCAGGAAAGCACAACGGACGCCACUAUGGGUCCUGCCGAGUGCCCGAGGCACCACAACCGGAGGGACGCCAUCAGCUCCUGAACAAAGCUCAGUCUCCAUCCAGCAGAAGCCCCUCCAGUGGCCUGGGUUCGUAUGUAGAGACGGCCCCGUUGCUCUCCAAUGGACACUUCCCCGGCUCCAAGGUCAAUGAGGACCCAGAGGAUUGCGGCGCCCAGGGCGGUUUUCCAGAGGCACCCGUUGAGUCUGUUCGGUCCAUGGUGCUGCAGAUUCUGAUGCCCUUCCUACUGGCUGGACUGGGGACAGUGUCUGCUGGGAUGCUACUGGAUGUAGUUCAGCAUUGGGGGGUGUUCCAGAGAGUAACAGAGAUCUUCAUCCUGGUGCCAGCUCUACUGGGUCUGAAGGGAAACCUGGAGAUGACACUUGCCUCCAGACUCUCAACGGCAGUGAAUGUGGGAAGAAUGGAGUGUGCCAGAGAGAAGUGGAGUUUGAUUAUUGGGAACCUGGCACUUAAACAGGUGCAGGCCACAGUGUUGGGUCUCCUGGCUGCCCUGGCAGCAUUGUUCUUGGGUUGGGUAUUGUCAGGAGAGGUGUUACUCAGCCACGCUGCUCUCCUCUGCUCAGCCAGUGUAACUACAGCCUUCAUGGCCUCCUUGCUGCAGGGGAUUAUCAUGGUGGGAGUGAUCACUGGCUCCAAGAGGAUGGGCAUCAACCCAGACAACGUGGCCACGCCCAUUGCUGCUAGCUUUGGUGACCUGAUCACCUUGGCCAUCCUGGCAGGCUUCAGCCAGGGCCUCUAUGAAUGCAUUGAGUUGUAUCCCUAUGUUUCAUACCUGGUGUGUCUGUUCUUCCUCUGCCUGACUCCACUGUGGGUCGUCAUCUCUUCCCGAAACCCAGCCAGUCGCAUUCUGCUCUACACAGGCUGGGAACCGAUCAUCACUGCCAUGGUCAUUAGCAGUCUUGGAGGGCUCAUCCUGGACACAACUGUAUCAGACCCAAACAUGGUGGGAAUGAUACUGUACACACCGGUUAUAAAUGGUAUUGGGGGAAACUUGGUUGCCAUCCAGUCCAGUCGUAUUGCCACAGAUCUGCACCUCCACUGCUUACCGAGGCAGGUGCCUGAGAAUCGCAGAAGCUGCUACUACCCCUGCCGCACCUUCUUUGGCUCAGGAGCCAAUCAACGGUCCGCCCAGGUGCUGCUCGUUUUGGCCAUCCCUGGUCACCUGAUCUUCCUGUACACCAUCCACCUGAUGAAGGGCAGCACCGUCGGCCCAACAUUUGUCUUCAUCACCUUCUUCUUGGCUGCCGCUCUCCUACAGGUCCUCACUCUGCUGUGUGUUGCUGACUGGAUGGUCCAUUUUCUGUGGCGGACGGGGAGGGACCCUGACAGUUACUCCAUCCCCUACCUUACAGCUCUGGGGGAUCUAUUGGGAACUGGCCUCCUGGCCCUGGCCUUCUUUCUGCUGUGGCUCGUAGGAGAGCAGGUUUCCACUGGAGAUUGACAACCUGGUUGCUGCAUCUUCUCCACUUCUUCUUUCUUUCUGCCUGGGUGAAGACAUUUUCGAUGCUUUCACCAAUCCAAACUUUUCAGACUUUGAUUGUUUCAAUGAAUGGUUGGUUUCAUUUAGAUAAAAACUGUGAUAAAGCAAAGCAUUAGGAAGUUGCAAGCUCUAAAUAUGGCAGCCAAAUUAUUUAAAAUUUCUCAGAGUGGGUUCUCUUUAGAAUUUAUUUCAGUUACUUCAAUUGGCAUUUUGGAUAUUAAAUGAUGUGCCUUUUCAAUGAAGGGGAUGUACAUGCAGUUAUAUAUUGUCAGCACGUAGCAUUGUUACAUUUCUUUAUAUAAAAAAUACUUUCAAACCACAUACAUUGGUGUCUUUUGACAAUAUGAUGAAAGAAGAUUGUUAGUUAUUUUUUCUGUGACUUGCUGUGUUUGUUAUUGCAUUGUUUUGUGUGAGUUACAAAUGACUGA